UUUUUUCAAUAGUGCACUAGUUUUUCAGAGCAGUCAGGUGUGAGACAGGAGGGCUUUUUCAUACCUAUGAAGUCUUUCUUAUACUGUCUGCAGAGACACUUGCUCCUGUUCCAACCACAUUGCUCAACUCUGUUCUGAGUUUUGAUUGCCAAGGGCAGGCCUGCUUGUAAGUCUCAGAACCUGCCUUUGCUUAUGUUUAAAAGUGCAUCUUGUUUUGACCACAGAUUGAUGUCUGUGUUUAUGAGAUUGAAGAAGUGUUUUUUGGUUUUGCCAUUAUUUCUCAAAACGUUCUUUGCCAAACCCAUUAGACAUGAAAAGCAUUUAACUGGAGGGCUCAAGCUGUUUUGAUUCUUUGGUAUCGUUGGCCUCUGAAAACCAAAGUGGCCUAUAUAUUUUUCUGAUAAACUCUAUGUUGUAAUGCCAGUGAGAUGAUGUUCCAUUCCAAUAGAUAUAAUCCCCUGUGACCCACCUUCACCCAUUUUGGAGUCAGCACCAUUUGGGUAGGAAGGAGAGGAUAGUGAUUCCAUUCAAGAAAAAUUAGUAUUUAAAUGCAGGAACAUGAAAACUGGCUGUUAUCUAUCCAUGAGACCUAACCUUAUAUCCCCUUCAAUCCCCUGAAAAAGCCUUUUGAGCAAGCAGUUUCCCAUUUUGCCUUUGACCAAUUGGUUUCUUUACUUCAUUCCAGUGUCUCUUACUCGCAAGUUCAAUCUUCAGUUCACUUCCCAGGGAGUGGAGAAGUACUUUUUGUACUUCUUUUCUUGAUCUUGUAAAUCAUUCUUGGCAAUAUCUUUUUUCUUCUGUUUUCAAUUUAGGCUUACCUUUGUGUUGCAUUUUAUCUAAGUGUACAAAUAAGUCUUUUUUAUGUUAAUUUAUGAAAGUUUCCCUUGUUAAUCCAAUUCAUCUUUUCAUACUUAUUAUUUGUACUUACCUGAAGGAAUUACUGCUAUGUCAUUGAAGGAUACUUCACUAUUUCUAAAUCCCAUUUAUAAUGAUGAAAGUAAAAUAAAAUGGAAAUAAAUGACCGAUCAGGUCAACUUUUAAGCAUUUGACUAACUGUAUGAGAAUGUUUUCAAACUAUUUAACACUUUAUUUUAUUUAUCCUGCAAAGACUUUUCCUGAAAGACUUGACACUGCUUGUCCUAAAGUCCUUGAAAGACUUGACAAUCCAGUGCUGUGUACCGCCAUGUUAUCUUCAAAGUCAAAUGCACAUCUAAACUUGAAUGCCAAAAGAAGUUCUAAAAAUUCAAUAUGAUAUAUAGAACAUUUAAAUUAUUAAUUCUUCUAAUCAAUAAAAAUCUUAAAAUCAUACAGAUUUCAUCACCUGUAGACAAAUGAAAGUUCUCCAUGUUUUUCACCUAGCCUUUAAAAAAGGCUUGUUAGUGGUGAAAACUCACAUGACUCACUACUGAGAAGUGUAGCUACUUUUAUAUUUCUACAAACUAAAAAAUUAAAAAGUCUUUAAUAUCUGUAUACCGUUACUAUUUUUGUUUAAGUUGCAAUAAAUUUUACUGGUUCUCCAAUCCACUUGGUAGGAUUUUGUGGUCUUCAAGCAUUUGGUGUAAUCUGUCUUCCUCUGCAUCUUGCUUUACCUGUGCAUCUUGUAACCAUGAUUGAACCUACCCCUCUGACUUCAUGUCAGUUUCUGCCCUGUCUCUAUGUUGUUGGUCCUGUUGGCAUUUCAGAAAUUCUCAUUAAUUUUGGAAUUAAUUUUUAUCCAGGAAGUAUUUUAUAUACUUCUCCAAAUGACAACUGUGACUCAAAUCUAAUUAAGCUUAACACGCCUCCUACAAUUUCAACCCCAGUAUAAUUACAACCAGAAUGAGGAGGUGACAAGACACUCCUCUAUUUCUUGCUGCCCUUCCAGUCGGCCCUUGGAUCGCUACGCAUUCCACCUGGAAGGUUGCCUCUCCACAGAUUUCGCGUUACAGGAGGGUUUUCCUUCUUUAUUUCUCAGACCUGGUCCUGUAGACGGGAAGGAGCCUGGACACAGUGACACAUUCUCAAAGGCCCUGCAGGACCGCCAUGGCUUAUGAUGACUCCAUGAAGAAAGAAGAUUGCUUUGAUGGUGACCACAGCUUUGAGGACAUAGGACUUGCAGCUGGCCGAAGCCAACGAGAAAAGAAACGUUCUUACAAAGAUUUCUUAAGGGAAGAGGAAGAAAUUGCUGCUCAGGUCAGGAAUUCUUCCAAGAAGAAGUUUAAGGAUAGUGAGCUUUACUUCUUGGGGACGGACACACACAAGAAGAAGCGGAAGCACUCCUCUGAUGACUACUACUAUGCAGACAUUUCGUCUCUGGAAUCGUCACAAAAGAAAAAGAAGAAGUCCAGCCCACAGCCUGCCGAUACAGCUAUGGACCUGUUGAAAGCCAUCACCUCCCCACUGGCCACCGGCUCCAAGCCCUCCAAAAAGGCCGGGGAGAAGUCCUCCAGCUCCUCAAGCCACUCAGAAAGCAAGAAAGAACACCACCGGAAGAAAGGCAGCGGAAGUGGCGGGGAGCUCUCCCUGGAGGACGGCAGCUCCCACAAAUCCAAAAAAAUGAAGCCCCUCUAUGUAAACACAGAGACACUGACCCUCCGUGAGCCUGAUGGCUUGAAGAUGAAACUUAUUCUCUCACCCAAGGAGAAGGGAAGCAGCUCAGUUGAUGAGGAGUCUUUUCAGUACCCCUCUCAACAAGCGACUCUGAAAAAAUCCUCCAAGAAGUCAGCUCGGGAUGAGCAAGGUGCUUUACUCCUAGGACACGAGUUACAGAGCUUUCUGAAAACCGCUCGGAAGAAGCACAAGUCAUCCUCAGACCCACAUUCGUCUCCUGGCCCUGAAGGCUGCGGGCCUGAUGCCUCCCAGGCCCCCGAACCCCACAGUGCUAACCUUGAUCUUUCAGGGCUUGAACCUAUUCUGGUGGAAUCAGACUCGUCCUCUGGCGGGGAGCUAGAAGCUGGCGAGUUAGUGAUAGAUGAUUCUUACCGGGAAAUCAAGAAGAAAAAGAAGUCAAAGAAGAGCAAAAAGAAGAAGGACAAGGAGAAGCACAAAGAGAGGAGGCACUCAAAGUCCAAGAGAAGUUCGGGACUGUCUACUGCAGCAGUGGGAGAGGUCACGAUGACACCCGGCCCUCCCCCCAGCGUCCCACACGCUGGAGCCACCGCCCCUGCCCCACCACCUCCCAGCUUCCACACAGAUGGGCACAGUGAGAAAAAAAAGAAGAAAGAAGAGAAGGACAGAGAAAGAGAAAGGGGGGAAAAGCCAAAAAAGAAGAACAUGUCAGCCUAUCAAGUGUUCUGUAAAGAAUAUCGUGUAACCAUUGUGGCUGACCAUCCAGGGAUAGAUUUUGGAGAACUUAGUAAAAAACUGGCUGAGGUGUGGAAACAGUUGCCAGAAAAGGACAAACUGAUUUGGAAACAAAAAGCUCAGUAUCUGCAGCAUAAACAGAACAAAGCAGAAGCUACAACUGUGAAAAGAAAAGCAUCAAGCUCAGAAGGUUCCAUGAAAGUCAAAGCUGCUUCUGUGGGAGUAUUGUCACCCCAAAAGAAGUCCCCACCAGCCACCAUGCUGUUACCAGCAUCACCAGCCAAAGCCCCUGAGACAGAGCCCAUAGAUGUUGCAGCUCACCUUCAGCUGUUGGGAGAGUCUCUCAGCCUCAUCGGACACCGCCUACAGGAGACAGAGGGCAUGGUGGCAGUGUCUGGCAGUUUGUCAGUGCUUCUUGAUUCCAUUAUCUGUGCCCUUGGCCCCUUGGCAUGUCUGACUACACAACUACCUGAAUUGAAUGGCUGUCCCAAACAAGUCUUGUCAAACACGCUAGACAACAUUGCUUACAUCAUGCCUGGACUGUGACAGCGGAGACUCCUGGGGCAGAAGCCUCACCUACCCUUUGUGUAUAGGUUUGUGUAUAUAUGACUGUUCAAACCCCUUCGCUGGCCUCUGGGUGUAGGUUUUACAUUUUUAUAUCUAUACAUAUAUAUACAUAUAUAUAUCUGUAUAUAUGUAAUGUACAAUAUAUACAUAGGAUUGUAACUACUUUGCUUUUAAUAAUUUUAUGAAAUGGCAAAGGUUUAGCCAAGAGGAAUCUUUGGCAUGAGUAUGGGCUUGGGAUCUUUCUUCUCUUGUGGUGGGUAAAUCUGCCUUAAAAAUCAGUGUAUCUUGGGGCUGGGGGCUUGUUCUGGGUGCCACGUGCAUCUCCUUAUGGAUAGCUAAAAUGUGAUUUUUUUUUUCCAAACUCAUUUGUACCUCCAGACCCAUCACUGACCACUUGCCUUACCUGUCUAACAGUCAGACAUAUAAUAAGAGAGAUUAUGGGAGGGUGCCAGCUGACCCGAAGUACAAAGGCUUUCAAUCUGAAGUGACGGAGGUGGGAGGUGAUGAGCUCAUUCCCACUGUGGUUAUUAAAGUGGCUUAGAUGGACUAAGUAGGGGGUUCAUUCCAAGUCCUACUAUACAGUGUCCAUGUCUCAAACUUUAUCGUAAUCAUUGGUACCAUUGGCAGCCUCAGCAGAGGCCAAGGAGUUGUAUGAUUCCUGGCAGCAAAAAUACCUUGGAGAGGGUGAUGCUGCUGGUGCCACCGUUGGACCUGCACGUAUUCUCUUAGCUGACCAGAGUAUUUGGUUUGUAAAACCAAGAGCUGAUAUCUUUCAUUGGCAGCAUUAGGUUGGCCACCAAGUCCUCAGAAAUCCUGCUGCUCAUUUGCUUGGUGGUUAUGGAAGGUAGACUUGGCCCAGCGUGGUUCUUGGGUUUAUCUUAACAGUUCCCUUGGUGGGCAGAUACACAGUGUUCUGCGUUCCACAUGUAAGUGAAUUGCAAAAAAAGUACUCAAUUCUCAUGUAGGUUUAUUUAUGUGUGUGUGUGUGUGAAUGUGUAUUUUAAUUAUGUGUAUUUAACUCUUUAAAAUUUCUUAGAUUUUAAUUUAUCCUGUAAAUUUAUGUAUAUAUAAUUUAAUAACAAAAGCCUCCACCAGCAACAGCAUGUGGAAGAUACAGAUUUAUUAUUUCAUCCUCCCUUCCUCUGGGCUGUUCCAAAAACUCUAAAUCACCUAUAUUUCAAGGUAUUGUACCUCAAAAAGGAAUCAUUAUGUCGGGAUUCUAAUUCUCUAUAAAGAACUUCAUGGCCUUCGAUAAUGUUGAGAAAGUGAAAUAAAAAGAAACAUUACCAUUCCCAGCUCCCCUUAUUUCCAAAGACCUAGACCUGCUUCCCAGUUGCAAAGAAGACAGUCGGACACUUCAGGGUGGUUUCUGUUUGGUGUGAGAUUCCCUGCCAAAACCAAGCUCUGAGGCAACUGUGCUUUCCUCCCCGGCCUAGACAGAGCAGGACAGCAUCACAGUGACCUCUGGGGACAGUGCAGCCAGCAGGCGUCCCAUUCAUUCCUUCCUUUCUUCCACCAGUGUUACCAGGGCUGUGCUUCCCAGAGGCAUCUGGCUGCCUAGUCCCUUUCUCAGCUCAGAGCAGUUUUAAGAUUUAAUCCAGGAAAUAGAAAGAAACCGGAAUGUUUAGGAAUUGAAUCAAGAGAAGCAGAAAUCUUAGCUUGUUUUCAUGUGUCAGAACCUUGUGCCAUGCCUCAUCUGUCCCGCGCAAGUUUCCUGUUCCGACACAGGAUAUCAGGGAGGGGCAGGGAGACAUGGUAGGACAGAAAGAACUCACUCCUGCCACUGUCAUUUGUAUACAUGAAUGAAAUCCCAAUGAGGACCCACUUUUUUGUUUGUUUUCCUUCGAAACCCAGUCCUAUUGUAUUUGUAUUUAAGAUUUGUACACAUUUGUAUAAUAAUCUGUACCUUGUGGUAUUUGGUACUAUUAGAGGAAAAACUUUGGAUUCGGGCCUUCUUGCAGUUUUUAUAUCAUUGUUUUAUUUUCUUUUUUAAAUAAAUUCUAGUGGUUUGAUCCAAAUCCCAUUACAGUUGUAUAAAGAAAUAAAAUUUUGUACUUAUAUUAUUAAAAAUCACAUUUUUAAUAUUUGUA